CCAAUUUUGAUAUUAUUUUUUUUAAUGUUUAAACCUUGAGGACUCAGGUUGGAAUAAACCAUAGCUAAAGACGUAAUUACAUAAACAAGCAGACAUUUGCAUCAAGAGUCUUAUUAUACUUCUCUCAGUGCAAAAACAUUAUUCGUUGUACACGGUGCAGAGUUUUGUUACGGAAAAUAUGAUUUUAAAAUAUGUUAUCUGUGUCAUAUUUAUAAUAAAAAGUUUAUAUGUUUUAACUUUCGGACAGCCUGAAUUACAUUUCUUUCGAAGUGAUUACAAAUAUUUAGAAGCUACACGUAGUUUUUAUAAAAUACACAAACCGAAGACUUGGCGGGACGCGAAGGUGAAGUGUGAUUUAGAAGGCGCAAAGCUGUUUUAUCCUAAGAAUAUUAACGAACGAGAUGAGCUCAUCAGCCACAUAAAUGAAACAAACCCGAACAUAGAUUCCAUCUAUAUUGGUAUUAACGCAAUAACCAAAGGGGUUUUUCAAAGUGUUGACGGCAUACCAAUAAGAGACUUGUACAAUCAAUGGAUGCUUGGGGAACCAAACGACAUCACCGCAGAAGAUGACUGCAUCGUAAUGAACAAACUCGGCCUCUACAAGGAUGAUAAAUGCAACCGACGGUUACCCUAUCUCUGUAAGAAAACUAUGGAAUCGUUUAAACAAUGGAAUAAUGAAUGCAAUGUUCCAUUUAUGGAAUACAAAUUUAAUAAGGAAUUGAAUAAAUGCUACAAGUUUCACACACUACCUAAAUCUUGGGUGGAUGCAUCAGAAACUUGUGAAGCAGAACAAGCCUACUUAGCGAUACCAAACAGUCAACUAGAAGCUAGUUAUUUAUCGAAAAUAACUAACGAGAAUCCAAAGAAUUACAGUGGAAAUUAUCUAAGUGGCGCAGUACAUUUGGGAUAUCGCUUUGAUGAAACACCAGAUGACUGGAUAACCGUCAAAGGAGAUACUUUGGAGCAGGCUGGUUACUCUUUAUGGAAUUACUACCAGCCAGACGGUGGAGAUCGGGAGCUUUGCGGCGGCAUGUUUUACAACGGAGAACUCAACGAUAUCAACUGUGAAGAUCGAGAUUGCUAUUUCAUUUGUGAGAGAGAUAAUGACAAUAUAAUUGGUGGUAACGCCAUAGAAAAGAGUGGAAAGAAAUGACAACAAAACGAAAGCACUUAUAAUUUUAUUGUUUCUUUUUCCAUUACUUUACAAAUAUGUAUUUAUUAUAUUUUUAUUUAAUAUUAUAAGUAUAGAUAACUCUGUUCGUUUUCCUUACGUGUUAGUGCUUUCGUAAGUUAGUAAAUUAAGUAAAACAUUAAACUAAUUCUUGUCA